GAGAGCGUUCCAAGAGGUAUCCUUGUCCCUUGUUAACUACUUGUUCGUAAACUUUUUACGAGACUUUACAGUCACGUGAACGCGUUAGUUAAAAAAAGGACAAGGAUACCUCUCAGACCCUCUUUGGUCGGAUCGCGACACUAGCGCUCGCAAUAUUUUAAUUUCAAGUUUAUUUUUUAGCAUGUAUUUAAAAAACAUUAGCUGUGCAAGAAAUUUAUACUCAUUUUUAUAUUUGUUAUUAGAGAUAUUUGCUAAAAGUAAAAAUGGCGAAAAAUUCAAAAAAUCAAAUAAAUUUGGAGAAUUUAUUGGCUUAAUUGGCUAAAAAUAAUAAUACAAUUUAAUAAAUCUCUUUACUAUACUUUUAUUUCAUCUUUACGCAUUACUAAUGUCAUCAGUUUUGACAGAUUAAAAAAUUUAUCUUUUAUUGAUGUAAACGACACUACUAAAUUUCCAAACGAUAUACUCAGUAUACAUAACAAUUUAACCCUACUUUUAUUCAUUUCCUCGUAUAUAAAAGCAAUUGAACUACCGUUAGUCACAAACAGCCAGUCCCUCGGCUGCGGUAGAUGUCAGAGUGAUUGAAAUAUAAUUAAUUAUAACAUACGAUGGCAACAGUGAAAUUCAAAGAGACGUCUCCCUAUGUUAAGCCGAAACCUUUACCACCUGCGGAAGAUUACAUCUACAACAAACAUUUAGAAAACAUCGCCCUACAGACGGAUAACCAAGAGAGGCCGAUAAUUAAAGUGGCUUUGUUCGGCGUGGGCCGCGCCGGAUCGAUUCAUUUAGAGAACAUAAUUCAUAAUAAACGUAUCCAACUUUUAUAUAUUGUUGAUGAUGUCGAGGCCAAUUGGCAAAGUAUGCGAAAAUAUUGGCAUCUGGAUAACAUUACUUUCCUGAAUAGCAAGCAAUCUGAUAAAGUAUUCAAGGAUUCCAAUGUCGACGCGGUUGUCGUGUCAUCGCCGACUUUCACACAUGAGGACAUCGUUAUUAAGGCUUUGGAAGCGAAAAAGGCGGUCUUUUGCGAGAAACCUAUAGCGGAGAAUAGUACGGACACUGCCAAAUGCUAUGAAAUAGCUAAGAAAGCCGGCAAACUGUUGUUUUGUGCGUUCAACCAGCGUUUCGAUCCAAGCUAUUCGAAUGUGCGAGACAGAGUUCGCAAAGGGGAGGUCGGACACGUUCACACAAUAAAAACGGUCUCCCGCGAUUCUCCCCUGCCCACUAUAGGAUACUUGAAAGUAUCCGGCGGUAUCUUUCACGACUGUUUGGUUCAUGAUCUCGAUAUGAUUACCUGGGUUCUCGGAGAAUACCCAGAUAAGGUUUCGGUCCUGGCUAAUGCGAAUGUCCCAGAGAUUAAGGCAAUCGAUGACUUCGACACGGUUGCGGUGACCUUGCACUUUCCGUCAGGGACCCUCGGCAUGAUCGAUUUGUCGCGCAACAGUCCGUACGGUUAUGAUCAACGACUGGAGGUCUUCGGUCCGAGGGGCAUGGUACGAGCCGACAACGAACAGACGAACUCUGUUUGUUCGCAACGUGACCUGCAAGGACCGAUUACCGCCCCGAUCUGGUACUCGUUUGCUAGUCGUUUCAUGAAUGGUUAUCGAAGAGAAUUGGACCAUUUUAUCGACGUAUUGCACGAUAAGACCGAGUCAAUGGUCAAAUCGAAGGAGAUCCUGGCGGUGAGCAAGAUUGCUACGGCCUGUGAAGAGUCCGCUCGUACGGGAAAAAUCAUGGAAAUUAAGUGGACCGCCAGCGAAUUGCCUGAUAAUUUAUGAGCGGCAAGACUUCGACAAAACCGUUAUUACAUCCAUGUAAUAUCAGCCAUAUAAUAUGUUCCUUGAUACUAUUUUUACACAUUACAAAGUUAUCUGAUUACCGUAUAUAAAGACAGCAAGACUUUUAAGUAUUAAGUCCAUUAAAAAAUCUAUAUGCGUAUUUUUCCUUUACCCAGAAGAUUGCACCUGCGAGAUGAAAGUACGAAUGUGUAAUAAAAUUUAAUAAAUAAUUCUGAAAAAUA